UACGACUGCCGAUUUGUCGCGGCAGGGCGGAGUGGCGACUCGUAACGGAGAAUUGGGAACUAAUUAAAGUUGCCUGCGCGCAGUUGUAUGAUUCGACUGUAGACCAGCCGAACCCUCAUUUUUCCAAGUGACUCGAUUCAACGGCAGAAUGGGCUCAUUUCAUUCGUCAAUAAGGACAAACGGUAUUUACCAUUAGUAGAAGCCAAUUAUUUUCUUCAACAUCAGCCAUCCCUGUUCGUCAGCAAAUAUACCGGACGGGAAUUACUAACCUCCAAUAUGACGCAUGUUAUGUUUUACGCAAUUUGACACAAGAAGAGCAGGUUUCCGUUUUUACCGUCGGCGUGAUGAAUGAAAUGGUCAUUGUAACGCAAAAUUAGACAAUUUGAUGUAUCUCGAGGCGACGUGCACGUUCUGCAUGCACCGAUUUCUGUGCAUUUGACAGGUAUGGAUGAUCAGAUUCUCUCGGAGCUGAUUAUGAAAGAAGAGGAGGACGAGGUGAAGGAUGGUCGUCGCUCGAGCGAAAGCGGCAAGAGCGUAACGCCCGACGCUUCGGCGAUCGGCAUACGACCGAAACCUGUGAUUCGCAAACCGGAGAAUGUGAGCAUCGGUUGCAAGUCGGAGCCGAUCGAGACGAAAUGGCAUUGGGCCCCAGGAGCGUGGCAAGACGCGACUAGGACCAGUGCGUUUCAGCCUUACAAGCCGCCUACCUUGCUCACUAAUUUGCAAAGAGGCAACACUCAGACCCAAAUACCUCAGCUCUAUGUGGGAAAUGAUAUCACUUUUCAUACUUUGGCUGGUCAAGGAGAACUUACACCUGAACAUAUGCAGUCAAAUUCGAUAGACGCAACCGAUGAGAAGGGACUAACAGGAUUAAUGUGGGCGGCUGGUUAUGGGCAAUUGGGCAGUGCUAGACAAUUAUUGAAGUGUGGAGCCGAUGUAAAUUACCGUGGACCAAAAUCUGAAACAACUUUACAUUUAGCAGCUGCGUACGGUCAUCAUGAUCUUGUUAAAUUGUUGUUGAAUCAUGGUGCUGACUCGAAUGCAUGUGAUGAGGAUGGCAAUACUCCAUUGAUAUAUGGAGCAUAUUGCGAUCAUCCGCAUGUAUGCCAUGAAUUAUUGACAAGAGGUGCAGAUGUAACACUCAGUAACUCUUCAAAUAUAACUGCUUAUAAAGCAGCAAUAAUGAAUAAUUCAAUGAACGCUAAAGCAGUUAUUGAGAAUUAUUUGAUACCACAAAUUAUAAGUAUGUCGACGGAAGAAAUGUAAUGAUAUUUGUACAUAUAUAUAUAUAUAUAUAUAUACACACACACAUAUUUCUCUCUCUUUAUACACUGUAAAUAAAAUGCGCCGUUACAUAGUCGUGUACCGGCAUUCAAUUGUAAAAAAAAUUUUAUACAUGGACAUAUUUUUAACAAUGUUACAAUAAAAAAAAAAAAGGAAAAUGUGUGGCAAUACAAUGCGUAAAAUGUUUGUUAGACUUAUACAAGUAUUCGGCACCGGAUUAAUAGCUAAUUAAUACCAACAAUAAAUCGAUACAGUACGUAAAUAUACCGCAC